AUGACUGCAAUUCCAAUGAACAGAACCAGAGACAGCAACAACAGUAGCAGUACUAGUAAUAACAGCAAUGGCAACUCUGCUAGUAGCACUUCUAAUGGGAAUAGCAAACUAGCUAGUACUACAGGCAUUGAAGCUAAUGGCAAUGGCAACAAUCAAAAUGGUAAUAGUACAAUAGCCAGUUCUGCAUCUAUUACUAGCACCGAAUCAACAGCUGCUACUCUUAGUGAACGAGACAGUUCUGCUAAAAAUACUUCUGGCAUUGGCACGGAGGUGCUGUCCCCGACCUAUUUCGGUUUUGAUAAGAAAGAAACCACCAGACUGCUAAUCCAGUCUUUACACGACCUAGGAUACCAUGAUAUAGGCAAGAGCCUGGAAAAUGCGUCUGGGUAUACAAUUGAAUCGCCUCAAGUGGUGGAUUUACGAAAUGCCGUGCUAUCUGGCGAAUGGGAUAAUGCUGAACAGAUACUGUUAGCAGGAUCGAUAGAAGUGCCGAACCCAUCGGAUAUCAAUUCCAUGAUCUUUCUUAUUCGCAAACAGCGGUAUUUAGAAAUCCUCGAGAAAGACGACAGAGAAGAAGCCCUGUGGUUUUUGCGUAACCAGCUAUCCCCAGUCAACGGCAACGGUCAUAAAGAAGAAUUGCAUUUUCUGAGUAAACUAGCCAUGUUUUCUCUAGACGAUAUCAAGGCUGAUGCCCAUUGGGACGGAGUCAAUGGCAAAUCAAGACAGUUAUUAUUAGAAUCAUUACAAGAGCAUCUGUCGCCAUCAAUAAUGAUCCCCCCUCAUCGACUAGCGACACUACUACACCAAGCAAAGAGUUCUCAACUCAAAGCUUCGGAUUACUAUUUAGGAGAUGAAUCGUCGGCAACGAGCGAUUUCUCGCUUUAUAAAGACUACGUAGGAGAUCGAACCAAGUUUCCUAAUGUUACGACACAUAUACUUAAAGACCAUUUUGAUGAGGUCUGGUAUCUGGCGUUCUCUAACGAUGGCAAGUAUCUUGCCUCUUCGUCGGCUGACAAACGGGUGUUUAUCUGGGAUGUAGAAGACAACUUCAAACUCCAUAGACGACUAGAAGGACAUCAUAAAGGAGUGGUGUUUUUCAGCUGGUCUCCGAAUGACAAGUAUAUUGUCAGUUGUGGCCAAGACAGUCACGCUAUAGUGUGGGAUGUUCAAAAGGGCGAGAAAGUGAGUCAAGCGUCGCAUGAUGAAGCAGUGGAUUCCUGUGCCUGGUCACACGACAAUCGGUCUUUCAUCACUGGCAGUCCCGACAAGAAAAUGAUCCUUUGGGAUCUCGACGGCAGAGAAAUUCAUACCUGGACAAACAUUCGGGCACAGAGCAUGGCAGUGACGCCAGACGGAAACCGGCUUAUUGUCAUCUGUAGCGACAUGAUCAUUCAUGUGUUUGAUCUUCGCACAUACGAAAUGAUUACCCAGAUAUCCGUGUCUAACAAGAUCCUCACCUCGAUAAGUGUGUCACGCGAUUCGCGAUACGCAGUGAUCAGUGUUGCUCCUGAAGAAAUCCAUCUCUGGGACCUUGAAACCUACCGACUGGUGCGGAAAUACGUCGGCCAACUGCAGGACGAGUUCGUGAUCCGGUCGAGUUUCGGUGGUCUCAACGAGAACUUCAUUCUCAGCGGAAGCGAAGACAGCCACGUCUACAUCUGGAACCGCGACAACGCCAACCUCAUCGAGGCGCUUCCUGGCCACACGGGCACCGUCAACUGCGUGCAAUGGCGCCCCGGCCACCCUGCCAUGUUCGCCUCUGCCGGCGACGACAGCACCAUUCGCAUCUGGCAACCCGCCAGCCGCCAGGACCUAUAA